AUGGUCCCCGCAAUCCUCCACCGCAUAAUCCACGGCUCCGCAACGCCUGAACCCUGGCAAAAAGCGCUCCUCACCACCAGACCCGCCCUCUUACCAGGCUACAGACGCUACCGAGUGAAAGGCGCAGACUAUCCCGCCAUCCUGCCCUACGCACCACCGGAGUCGUCGUCUGUACUGGGCGUUGUGGUCACAGGGCUGACGGAAGGCGAUGUCCUGCGUCUAGACGUUUUCGAGGGAACCAUGUAUGAGAAGCGUAUUGUAAAAGUCAAAGUCCCCAAGACAAAGGGUGCUCUAGAGGAUGAGGAUGACAAGUCCCUGCAGAAAGGAUUAGAUCACACAGCGCACUUGACGGGUAAGCAAGAAGAAGACGAAAUGGAGGAAGUCGAGGCGACGACGUAUAUAUGGACGGAUCCCGAGGAGGAUUUGGAUAUGGGCGCGGAAUGGGAUUUUGAGUCGUUCAAGAGGGAUAAGUUAACGUGGUGGAUUACUGCGCCAGAGAGCGAGUUGUAG